AUGCAUCAGUGUUUGUCAGGCAUCGAACUCAUCAUUUCCACAUUAUGCGGUAAUCAGUCAACGGGUACGCCAUCUAAUAUGGUGCAUUGGGGCAUUCACAUGACGACCAAAAUGCCAAUUGUCGCUCAACGUUCGAAAUUUUCGUGUCUGAAAAUUUACGACGAUUCAACUUCGUCUAGUGACGAAAAUGGUGAUAGACUAAAGAAAAAUUCGUCUUCUAAUAAGAUCAAAAAGUGUGGAGAUCAAGCAGUAGCAGGUCGUAGUGGUCUUGUUGUACAUCCUGUACCGCAGAGGCCUAAAAAGAGGGGCAAGAAAAAAAAGAAGGAUUGUGAGCAGGCUGCACAAAACAUUCAAGAAUUCACUCACUGUCUUCGAGAAUCAUUGCCAUCGAACGCUGAUGUAGAAAAUAGCAAUAGCACGGAAGACAAGUCAGAGCAACCGAAGAGUGCUAUAGAAAUGCUUGUGUCAGAACUGGAUUCAAAAGCUACUGAUUUGUUGACAAAAAAUGAUGGGCCACAAAAAGUUGUACGAGCCAGAUAUAAUUUUUUCCGCGAAAAUUUGACGCUAUAUCCAAAAGAAUUACAACUAGUUGCAUUAUAUCGACUGAAAUUGCUUGAAAUGCACCAGAAUUUGGUUGCGGAAACUCAAGCUCGGUUACAGACCGAAGCAGAAUUGAUUAAAUACAAAAGCCGCUACAAGAAGUUGUGCGAGUUAUUGAAAGAUGCUGAAGUAAAUGAAAAAACGCAUAUGGCAGCCGAACUCGAAAAAGCAAGGGUUGUGGAAAGUGAGUUAAGCACUGAGAUUGGAGAAUUGCGAGGGGAGUUGAUGCAAGCACAGAGCAAGAUUCGGUCGCUUGAAAUGAAGCGGAAAUGA